AUAACAGCAUCGGAAAGAGAAUUGAUGCCACUCGUUCGCAAAGUGUAGUGGAUGCUAAUGUGUUGACUUAUUUGUAGAAGCGCUCGAAAAUUCUUUAAUUCUGUACUUAAGCAUUAAUUUGUCAAUUAAAAGUAUUUUUUAAAAUAGAAAAAAGUUUCUGUUAUAACAGAAGAAAAUUAAGAAUUUGAACAGAGAAAAAUGACGUCGGCCCUAAAAGCUGUUUGUUUCGUUGUAGCGUUUUUAGGUGUUGUUUCGGCAGGAGUAUGCGUUUGGGUGUUGGCUACUCCAGAAAAAUUUAUUGUUGGUGAAACUAUCGUAGCAUUUGAAUGGGAUGGUGGAGAUUCUCCUAAAUUAGGAAUUGCUACGGCCAUUUUAAUGCUGUUUAUUGGAAUUGCAGCAUGUAUUGCGAACAUAGAAAAACGAUUUAUUCCCUUUAUAGCAGGUUUAGUUAUAGUUUUGAUUAUAGCAAUUGCAUUCAUGUCUGUUGCCAUCAAAGAUCAUCAGGAUUUGAAAAAAGCAAAAGAUAUUCAGAAAAUGGUGCUAGGUUCAGUUAGCAGAGAAUCCAAUACAUUUGGCGAUGUCAAUUAUCAUGGAAGAUAUAAAAAUACCGUCAUGACUGGUCAAGAUUUUAUGGACAAAAUGAUGACUAAAUUAAAAAUUCUUGCAGCCGUUGGUGCUAUCGAUGCAAUUGUUUUGUUAAUAGGCAUCAUCAUAUUCUACGUGAAACGACCAAAAAGUACUUCCAGAAAUGCCAUGCAGAUGGAAAGAACUUUGUAAUUUCAUUUUGUAGUUUCUGUGUAAAAUAUUAGAAAACAUUAUAUUUAUGUUGUUUAAUAAUAACUGCUGCUUAAAAUUUAGCCAUUUCAUACUGAAUGUAGUUACAUUUUUGAAAUAUUAUUUGAUUUGAUUUAUUAUUGAUUUGAAUAUUAUUUUAUUUGAUUUAUUGUUAAUUAUUAUUAUACGAUAUACAUAUACAUAUAUAUAUAUACAUCUACAUAUGAUCUACAUUUGUACGUAAUUUAUAUAUAUAAGGUUUUUCAGAACGAUUGUUGGGAUUAGGACUAUUGUUAAUCAGCUAAGUUGUCGUUUCUGAUCGCAUGUAUUUAAAAACUGCGAUCGGAAACGACAACCUAGUAGCACUGUUCUCAAAUAAAUGACGAUUAAAGAAGAAUAAUCUUAUGCAGCGGUGGAUCGAUUCUGACCAAAAUCACCAAAUUUGCCAUUCUCGUGAUUUCACAUCGUGCGAUUUUUGUUCUGAGGCUACGUGAAGAAUGUCGUUUACGUCCCUUCCCUACCCCAAACCACUGACGAACUGAACAUAAGCAUUAUUGAUGCCAUCGAAAUCAACACCAGUGACACGCUACACUGGCAGGGAUGGGCAACCUGGGGCAUGCGGUCCGCGUUAAUAUUUUUUGCGGCCCGCGUCACGUAAAAUAUGAAUAAAUAUAUUAAUUUCCCAGCUUAAGGAAGUAUGCAGCAAAAAUUCAAACGCUCUUUUCUAAAACUUAUGUAUGAAAAUAGUUUUUCCCGCAAUGAAUUUAGUAAAAAUGAAAACAAGAAACCGGCUAACAGACUCACAUCGAAAAUAAUUUAAAACUAGCAGUGACUAAUAUUUAACCAAAUAAUUUCCGAUAUAUUAUGUUUACAUCAGUUCCA